AUGACGGACCAGAUAAAUGAAGGCAGAGAACAACCCGGCGCGCGCAACGUCUGGUCAAUGUCGAACCAACAAGUCAACAGUCCUGAUUCGGAGCAAUCGAAGAAGCCCCAGGAUCAGCCGUUAAACCGCGCUUGCGAAGCUUGCCGCAUUUCCAAAGUCCGAUGUCUUGUGAACCCCGACGCAAGCUCAUCGCAGUGUCAGCGAUGCGCCAAGGCCAACCGGACCUGCAUCUUUGCGCCACCCGUAAAAAGGCGACAGCGAAAAAGGACAGAUGUGCGCGUUACGGAGCUGGAGAAGGAAAUUCAGCAGAUGCGCAGCCUUCUAAAGGCAAAAAAAGCGCGUCCAUCCAGUGAUGCUAGCGAGCAUGACACGGGAGACGAUGAAUCGGACGAGCAAGGGCACGCGAGAGACGAGGACACUCCAUCCACUUGGCGAAGGCACUCGAGUAUGGGAACAGCAACAAUACCCGCAACGGGGUUUUGUGGCCUUCCCUCAGUCACCAACCAAGCACCCAUGCCCGAGCCCACACCCACACCCACACCAACCACCAGCGCACCCAAAGAAUUUCUAGGGUCAUCUGAAAACGAUAUAAUAGAUCGCGGUGUCAUUUCCGAGGACAUGGCCCGCGAAUUUUUGGGCAUAUGGCGCAAGGAGCUGGUCGCGGCUUGCCCGGGUAUCACGAUUCCCAGACAUUGGGACGUUUUCGAUCUUCGGGAAAACAAGCCCGCACUUUUCCAUGCUAUCAUGGCGGCUUCUGCCCAUUCCAAAGGCUCGGCAUUGUCCGAUAGACUGCAUGAAGAAGCCGUACUAUUGUACGCGCGUUCUGCUUUUGUCAAAGGCGAAAAGUCCAUUCAGGCUAUCCAGGCAUUGAUAGUUACUGUAUCGUACUACUCACCUUCCAAGACACCGGGACAGCUGCAGAUAUAUCAGUGGAUCAACAUGGCAGCCUCCAUGGCACUAGAGCUCGGCCUGACGUCGAAGCCGAGAACACAUGAACAACUACCCAAGCGUGCCAUUCGAUCACUACAGAAGAUUUCUUCGCCAGAGGAAUUGUUAGAACACUGCCGCACCAUUCUACUGCUGUACAUUAUAAGUGCUGGCUUCUCAAUGAGGAUGAGGCGACCUAAUAUCUUGCUGUUCAACAGCUGGAUGGACGAAUGUUUUGGAAUUCUUGAAAAGUCAAAAUUGUUAGACGAUAAGAGGAUAGUUGCAUGGCUGAAGCUGCAGAGAAUUGCCGAUGAGGCAAAUACGGCAUUUGGCUUUGACGAUGCGAGUACGAGUUUCAGUCUCUCUGAGCUGCGUAUGCAAAUCAUCCUGCGAAUCUUUGACCGGAGGAUGCAGGAUUGGAGGAAAUCGGUUCCUGACGAUGUAGUGACAUUGAGUCUCGAGCUCGAGUACCACGCAGACAUGCUUGCCAUGUGGGAGUUUGGCAUGGACGGAGGUCGAUUCGACGUCAUCGAAUUCAAAAACCGGCACGUCACACUACCAGCCCUCGACGACGACUCUGUGCAACCUGAAUCUCUCCUUUCCCGCUCCGCACUCCAAAUCAACGCAACAACAAAAUGCAUCAGCGCCGCCCAAACAAUCCUAGACCUUUUCCUCGCCGUUCCCGAAGACGAACUACGCAAGUCGCCGAACGUACUUUACGUUCGCGCCGUCUACUCUCUUGUCACACUCAUGAAAGCAGACUAUGCCGUCGGCACCGACGAGGAAAUGAGCGAGCUGCUCGAAAGCCAGAGUCUACGCGUAGGACACUAUCUCGACGCCGUAAUCCAAAAAACCAGCGACGCUGCUGGCCCGCAGAAAUGCCGGAAUCCCAGCCACUGGAAGUUUCUCCUCGAAGCAAAACUUAAAAGUUGGUGGGACGAGUACUUGGAAUGGCGCAAGGAAGGCAGGCAACUAAAAAGAAGGAAAACAACAUCCACACAGGGGGAUAGUGAAGAAACGCAGAAUCAACCCUUGGUAGCAGCAUUCGCAGGGCCCGGUCUUGACACUACUGCUACUGCUGCUACUUCGACAAACAACCCAUCAGCAUCAUCAUCAUCGUCACAUAUCCCACUCGACCAACAACAGCAAUCACAUCAGCAACAACACCAAUCCUCUCAAUUCCCCCUCUCAGGCUUCAACCUCUCCUCCACCUACCCCACCACCGCACCCCAAUGGCCCACCACCGACAUGACCCUCGACACCACCUCCUCAGCACAAACAAUGGGCGACCAACAACCCAGCUUCACAACCGACAUGGGCGACUUCUCAGCCGCGUUUCAAAAUGGCGAUUUGUACCUUUGGAAUGAUUUGACAGCAGAGAAUUUUGGGGGCUGGGUGUCGCAGGGGGGGUCGUAUGCUGGGAUGGGGUUUGGGGGGAUGAAUGCGCAGGGGUUUUGA